AUGGCCGCCGUGCCUGAUACCAGACACACCAAGACCGACCAGGAGUUGGCGAUCAACAUUAAGAAGGCAACAAACCCUGACGAGACGGCGCCGAAGAGAAAACAUGUACGAAGUUGCAUUGUUUAUACUUGGGAUCAUCGGUCUUCCCAGGCCUUUUGGGCCGGGAUCAAAGUCCAGCCCAUUCUUGCCGAUGAAGUCCAGACAUUUAAGGCUUUGAUUACCGUGCACAAGGUCCUCCAGGAAGGGCAUCCGAAUACUCUACGGGAGGCUAUGGCGCAGAGGGGCUGGAUUGACAGCUUGAAUCGCGGAAUGGGCGGAGAAGGAGUACGAGGAUACGGCCCCCUGAUCCGAGAAUACGUCUACUACUUGUUGGCGAAGUUGUCCUUCCAUCAGCAACACCCCGAGUUCAACGGAACGUUCGAGUACGAGGAGUACCUGAGUUUGAAGGCCAUCAACGAUCCCAACGAAGGUUAUGAGACGAUUACCGAUCUCAUGACACUCCAGGACAAGAUCGAGCAGUUCCAGAAGUUGAUCUUCUCACACUUCCGCCAUGUCGGAAACAAUGAGUGUCGCAUCUCCUCUCUUGUUCCCUUGGUACAGGAGAGUUAUGGCAUUUACAAGUUUAUCACGAGCAUGUUGCGCGCCAUGCACUCCACGACCGGCGAUGCCGACGUCCUUCAGCCUCUGCGCGAGAGAUACGAUGCCCAACACUACCGUCUUGUCAAAUUCUACUACGAGUGUUCGAACCUGCGCUACUUGACCAGUCUGAUCACGAUUCCCAAAUUGCCGCAAGACCCGCCCAACCUGCUGGCUGAGGAUGAUGAGGCCCCUGCGCUGCCCGCCCGGCCGAAGCAGGAAAUUGAACGCCGCCCGACACCGCCUCCCGAGCCAAAAUCCCAAGAGCCGGAUGACAUUUCUGAGUUCUGGAAGAAUGAGCUGGAGCGUCAAAACCGCGAGUAUGAGGAGCAACAAAGAGUUCUCGAGGAGCAGGCGCGGCAGCAGGCGAUGAUGCAACAGCAGGCACAAGAGCAGGCACAAAGAGAGUUCGAGGAGCAGCAGCGAAGACUGGCGGAACAACAGCGCCGCGAGCAGGAGGCUCUAAUGCAACAACAAAUGCAAUACCAGACCCAGGGCCGACUUGCUGAAUUGGAGCAGGAGAACUUCAAUGCCCGAUCGCAAUACGAGCGAGAUCAACUUAUGCUGCAACAGUACGACCAGAGGGUAAAGGCAUUGGAGAGUGAGCUGGCUCAGAUUCAGGGACACUUCGGACAGCAGGUUGCAAGCAAGGACGACCAGAUUCGAGCACUCCAAGAACAGGUCAACACCUGGCGUACCAAGUACGAGGCCCUCGCAAAGCUUUACUCCCAGCUUCGUCAUGAACAUCUGGAUCUCCUACAAAAGUUCAAGUCUGUCCAGUUGAAGGCGGCGUCUGCACAGGAAGCCAAUGAGCGCCGGGAGAAACUUGAGCGCGAGAUUAAGACCAAGAACCUCGAGCUUGCGGAUAUGAUCAGGGAAAGAGAUCGUGCGCUGCAUGAUAAGGAUCGUCUCUCGGGAGCCAACAAGGACGAAGUCGAGAAACUUAAGCGAGAGCUGCGUAUGGCUCAAGACAGAGCAGACAACCUUGAGAGAAGCAAGGGCAAUGAGCUCUCGACAAUGCUUUCCAAGUACAACCGUGAGAUGGCAGACCUUGAGGAGGCUCUGCGCCUUAAGUCUCGCGCUUUAGAAGAUGCGCAGGCCAAGCUCAGAGACGGCAGCAGCGACCUUGAGCAGCUUCUUCGGGACAAGGAAGAGGAGCUCGAGGUUUACAAAGCGGGCAUGGACCAAACGCUUAUUGAACUCAAUGAGCUCAAACUUAACCAAGGUGAUACAGAUCAAGUCAUCGAUGGUCAGAUUGAUGCCUUGAUCAUGGCCAACCUGGACAAGAUCAACGACAUUAUUGAUUCAGUCUUGCAGUCUGGCGUCCAGAGAGUGGACGAUGCGCUGUACGAGUUGGACUCGACGAUGCAAGCAGGAAACCAGAAUGCUUCGCCAUCUUACGUGCUAUCGCAAAUCGAGAAGGCUUCAUCCAGCGCCAUGGAAUUUGCCACUGCCUUCAAUAACUUCAUCGCGGAUGGCCCCAACGCGACUCAUGCGGAAUUGAUCAAGACCAUCAACGUAUUUGCUGGAGCCAUCGCAGAUGUCUGCACCAAUGCCAAGGGUAUCACUCGUCUUGCGACAGACGAGAAGAAGGCCGACGCUUUGAUGAAUGGCACCCGACAGUCCGCUACAUCGACUGUCAAGUUCUUCCGUGGCCUCCAGAGCUUCCGCUUGGAGGGGAUGGACCCUAUCCAGAAGACUGACGUCGUCAUCAACAGCAACAAUGAGGUCCAGAUGAACCUUCAGAAGCUCAACAAGCUUGUUGAGACCUUCGCUCCCAAUGCUGGUAAGCUCGCGGGCAAGGGUGAUCUUGGCGACAUUGUCGACCAGGAACUCAGCAAGGCUGCAGACGCCAUUGCUGCUGCAGCUGCGCGCUUGGCCAAACUGAAGAACAAGCCUCGUGACGGCUACUCAACCUACGAACUCAAGGUGCAUGACACAAUUCUCGAUGCGGCCUCGGCCAUCACCAACGCCAUCGCGCAGCUCAUCAAGGCCGCCACGGCAACGCAGCAGGAGAUUGUCCAGGCAGGUCGCGGUUCCUCAUCGAGAACCGCUUUCUACAAGAAGAACAACCGGUGGACGGAGGGUCUUAUCUCGGCAGCCAAGGCCGUGGCAUCAUCGACCAACACGCUCAUCGAGACUGCAGACGGUGUGCUGUCUAACCGCAACAGCCCCGAGCAGCUUAUUGUGGCAUCGAACGACGUGGCGGCUUCCACCGCCCAGCUUGUCGCCGCCAGCAGAGUCAAGGCUGGCUUCAUGUCCAAGAGCCAGGAGAACCUUGAGCAGGCUAGCAAGGCCGUUGGCGCGGCGUGCAGAGCACUUGUGCGACAGGUGCAGAGCAUCAUCAAGGACCGCAACGAGGAGGAUGAGGCGGUCGAUUACUCCAAGCUCGGUGCUCACGAAUUCAAGGUUCGGGAAAUGGAGCAACAGGUCGAGAUUCUGCAACUCGAGAAUGCACUCUCAGCCGCAAGACACAGGUUGGGAGAGAUGCGCAAGAUCUCCUAUCAGGAGGAGUAG